UUGGAAAGAGAGGAUUCUAUCAGGACACUAUUAGAUAAUGGAGCUUCGGUGAAUCAGUGCGAUUCAAAUGGGAGAACGUUAUUGGCUAAUGCCGCCUACAGUGGCAACCUUGAUGUGGUGAAUUUGCUUGUCUCUAGGGGAGCAGACUUAGAGAUAGAAGAUGCUCAUGGCCUAGCUGCUAGACAAGGUCAUACCAAGGUGGUUAAUUGUUUGAUUGGGUGUGGAGCAAAUAUCAAUCACACUGAUCAAGAUGGUUGGACAGCAUUAAGAUCUGCRGCUUGGGGCGGCCAUACUGAGGUCGUGUCUGCACUGCUUUAUGCUGGUGUAAAAGUGGAUUGUGCCGAUGCUGACAGUCGAACAGUGCUGAGAGCAGCAGCAUGGGGAGGCCAUGAGGAUAUUGUUCUCAACUUGCUACAACACGGUGCUGAGGUUAACAAAGCUGAUAAUGAAGGUAGGACUGCUUUGAUCGCAGCAGCAUACAUGGGACACAGAGAGAUUGUGGAACACCUGCUGGACCACGGAGCAGAAGUCAAUCACGAGGACGUGGAUGGCAGAACCGCGCUCUCUGUGGCUGCACUUUGCGUGCCUGCAAGUAAAGGGCACGCAUCUGUCGUUAGCCUUUUGAUUGACCGAGGUGCUGAAGUGGAUCACUGUGACAAAGACGGCAUGACUCCACUGCUGGUAGCUGCCUAUGAAGGACAUGUGCAUGUGGUGGACUUGCUUCUGGAGGGAGGGGCUGAUGUAGAUCACACAGACAACAAUGGCCGGACACCCCUGCUGGCAGCAGCUUCCAUGGGUCAUGCUUCAGUAGUAAACACACUUCUGUUUUGGGGUGCAGCUGUGGACAUUGAUAGUGAAGGCAGGACGGUCCUCAGCAUAGCUUCAGCACAAGGAAAUGUUGAGGUGGUACGCACUCUGCUGGACAGGGGGCUGGACGAGAAUCACAGAGACGAUGCCGGCUGGACCCCUUUGCACAUGGCAGCCUUUGRAGGUCACAGGUUAAUAUGUGAGGCGCUCAUUGAACAAGGUGCUAGAACAAACGAGAUCGACCACGACUGCCGGAUCCCCUUCAUCCUGGCUUCACAAGAGGGUCACUAUGACUGUGUUCAGAUAUUAUUGGAGAAUAAAUCCAGCAUUGAUCAGAGAUGUUACGAUGGAAGAAAUGCACUGCGGGUCGCUGCCUUAGAGGGACACAGGGACAUUGUCGAGUUGCUGUUCAGCCGCGGCGCUGAUGUGAACUACAAAGACGCAGAUGGCAGGCCCACGCUUUAUAUCCUGGCCUUAGAAAACCAACUGACRAUGGCCGAGUAUUUUUUAGAAAAUGGUGCAAACGUGGAGGCGAGUGAUGCUGAGGGCAGGAAAGCGCUCCACGUUUCCUGCUGGCAGGGCCACAUGGAAAUGGUGCAGGUGCUCAUUGCUUCCCACGCAGACGUCAAUGCUGUGGACAACGAGAAGCGCUCGGCUCUGCAGUCGGCAGCCUGGCAGGGCCACGUCAAAGUCGUGCAGCUGCUGAUCGAGCAUGGGGCCAUGGUGGACCACACCUGCAACCAGGGUGCCACUGCUCUCUGCAUCACCGCGCAGGAGGGGCACGUCCAUGUGGUCCAGGUCUUACUAGAGCACRGUGCUGAUCCUAACCACGCCGACCAGUUUGGACGCACAGCUAUGCGUGUKGCAGCCAAAAACGGACAUUCUCAAAUCAUUAAAUUAUUAGAAAAAURUGGUGCCUCUAGUCUGAACGGCUGUUCCCCAUCUCCUGUUCACACAAUGGAGCAGAAACCUYUCCAGUCGGUGUCUUCGAAAAUGCAGUCGCUCACAAUCAAGUCCAACAGCUCCAGCAGCACCGGCRGCGGGGAUGCGCAGCCGUCCCUGCGCGGCCUGCCCAACGGGCCGGCACACGCCUUCAGCUCGCCGUCGGAGUCUCCCGACUCCACCGUGUACCGGCAGAAGUCCUCCAUGUCCAACAAUUCCCUGAAGAGCUCAAAAAACUCCUCUUUGAGAACGACUUCCUCCAAGGUGACAGCACAGACAGUGCCGAUGGACAGCUUCCACAGCCUGUCCUUCACGGAGCAGAUCCAGCAGCACUCGCUGCCGCGCAGACGCAGCCGCCAGCCAAUCGUGUCCCUGUCCUCCACCACGCAGUCCCUGGGACAGAGUCACAAUUCCCCGAGCAGUGAGUUCGAGUGGAGUCAAGUGAAGCCCAGCCUGAAGUCCACCAAGGCAAAUAAGGGGGGGAAAUCGGAAAAUUCCAGCAAAUCCGGGUCAGCU